AGUCGGGUGGUAUUUCAGUUUGAACGUGGUGUGCGGUAUACAAAGUGCACAAUGUUGUUGAAAUAUUUGGGAUACCUCUCUUUACUGGAGAUGGCUGUUUUGUACUUCCCUAGCGGUGUCGGAGCGGAAAUCAAGAUUUGGAUGAGGAACACGAAUUUCAACAACUCCCUAAACUGGCGUCCUCCGAGACGACCCUCCGACGAAGAUACGGUCGUUUUUCCGUACCAAAUGCUACUGGAAGUCAUGUUAGCCAAAUCGGUGUCUCUUUGUCAGCUCGUACUGCCCAGCUUCGGUUUCUUGGUGAUGCCAGUCGACGCCGUCAUCGAAUUCAGCGGCUUACCGUGCGAUCCAUCCAAAGAACUGAUUUACAAUCGUGAUUUCUACGAGAGAUGGGAGAAUCCGACCAAUUGGCUGUACUUUCCGCGAAACAAAGCAACUCCGCAUUCAGCCAGAAUCCCUUGUCCUUUUGAUGACGUCAUCUUUCCGUCUAACUCUACUUUUGCGGUGCGUCUACCUCCGAUCCCUACCACUGUCAAGAGCUUCAUAUAUAAUGAUAAGGAGCUGAGUUCACAGGAACUGAGGUCAUUCAUAGGCGAAUCACCGAUAGGCCAAUCUCAAUUCCUCCUCACUUCUACUAGUCAUAACGACAUGGUAGUGCCUACAAUCACCGGGCAGGGAUGUCAGAAUCCCACAGGCUGUUCUUGUGGUACUGAAAGGCUCAUGCAGCUAUCUUGCAAUGCAUUUUCUACGUGGUUGUGCAACGUUCCACACUGCCGAGAUCCUGUCAGACCUGCUGGACAUUGCUGCGAUAUUUGCGGAGCCGUUUUAGAAUUUAACUAUGACCCACUGAAGUUUAAAAUGUCGGAGCUGGAUAUAAUUUUGGAAUCGUUUCUGAGUCUCGUCAAAAAUCAGAAAGGAGUCGAUCUGUUCUACCACUCUGGAAAAACAGACCGUAACACCAUCCAAGCUGUGUUGGUAGAGAAGGGUCCUUACAAAGGCGUGAUCACCGAUGCACUACACCAUCUAAAAAGCCAGAUCUUAAACGAUCAGUCCCUAGGAUUAUCCAUAGCACGACUUUCGCUGGCAGGCGAUCCGUACGACCCAGAAGCGAUAUUUACUACUUUUAGUUCUUUCCUGAUGAUAGUGCUACUGGUCAUUGUUGGUUACAUUUGUUUCAUCGUGUACGAUUCUAACAUAAACUUCGUUCAACUAUUCAGAUCGUCGAACCUCUCAAAUUUCGUCAGGUUUGAAAAUGUAACAGGUGAGGUUGAGCUACGGUAUGAAGUUCAGCCCACGUUCAGAAAAUCUUUCCGCAAUCCUCUCUCUUCCCUCCUGCAGACUGCCUCUGGGAGUGAGGAACAAUCAGAGCCGGAGCUACAUGUCCCCGAGGAACCGACGAUAUCUUACAAUAACUUGGCCCUUGAAAAUUCUGAAUCUGAACCUGAGCAAGAAAGUGGUGACGUCGAGAUGAAUGAAAUGGCAGCCAAUAAAUCGGAAGAGAAACAAUUGCACGAUAUUGAUUUAAGCUGAACGAGUAUGUGCGUUUAUUUUAUCAAUACAAAGUUUUAACAGAAGUCUUCAUAAUUUAA